AUGAGUAGAGCCAGCAAAAUAACCUUUACAGUAUCCUGUCUAAUAACGGCAGUGACAGUGGUCGGAGUGCAUUAUGUUCAAGAAAUGGAAAGGGAAACUCUACAUCAGGGUCCGAUAAAAGAUGCCAAACGAGUCGAAGAGAAGAGACUGAGAAACCUAAAUGGCACUGCACCAAUAGAUCCUACAAAAGAAAGAAAAAGAUAUUUCAAUAUGAGUGAGCAUGAGGAACAGAAAGAGCUGCGGAAAAAAUAUGAGGCCAUGCAACCGUUAAGUGGAGAAGUUGUUACGAAGGACGGAGAAGUGGUAAAGGAAUCUAAGGAUUGA